AGGGAGAAUGAUCUGCAUGGAAUAUUAAACAACGCAUAUCAGAAAGAUGAAAAGAGAAAUUAAAUGAUGACGGGCAAGCAUUCUUCAUAAUGAUAUUGCAUUCUCUGUCCUGGGUCUCAUAAACUUUUCAGUGCUUGGAAGAAAGCUCACUACUGGAUACCAACAUGAAAACAGGAAUUUAUCUACUUUUCUUAUGUGAAGUAUGUGUUGAAAUCAGUAAGGCUGACAUCAAACCUAAAAUUCCAAAGGAAGAAAAAGAAGAGAAUUUCUUACAAAGAAAUAAAGAUGUCAAUAUUUCUGAGGAGUGGGAUCAGCAUGAAAAUGUCUCUAAACCUUUUGAAAAGCAAGUCCUUGAAGAGUUCACUCUUUACAACUUCACUGAAAAGACUGCGAAUUUUGGAUUUAAUCUCUAUCGAAAAAUUGCAAUGACACAUGACAAAAAUGUGGUCUUCUCUCCCCUCUCUGUAUCAGCUCUUAUGGCUACAUACAUGUUUGCAGCCAAAGGGGAAACACACAGACAAAUUGUAAAAGGCCUAAACCUCCAUGCUUUGAAUGACAGAGAGAAUCAGCAUUAUUUACCAGCCUUGUUUAAACAACUGAAAGAUAACAUCACAACGAAUGAAGAACUACUUCUUGUGCAAGGUACUCUUUCUUUUAUCCAAAAGGACUUCAGGCUCAGGGAGUCUUUCAUCAAUUUGUCUAAACAGUACUUUGAUAUGGAAUUCCUGAGUGUGGACUUUCAAAACACCACACAGGCAAAAUUUGUUAUAAAUCAAAAUAUUAACAAAAGGACCAAAGGAAAGAUCCCAGAGCUUUUUGAAGACCUUGACCGCCAUAAUAAACUGCUGCUUGUGGACUACGUGUUCUUUAAAGGCAAAUGGCUCUAUCCGUUUAAUUCUAAAUUCACAGAAAUUGAGACUUUCCACAUAAACAAAUACAGAAGUGUACAGGUACCCAUGAUGUUCAAGUCUGAUAAAGUUACCUCAACUUUUGAUGAGAAUUUAAGAUGCAAUGUGAUAAAGCUUCCCUACAAAGGGAAAGCCCACAUGCUGGUUGUCAUCCCAGAAAAGGAGGCAGAUUACAUUUCACUUGAAGACCAUUUGACCACAGAGCUUGUGGAAGCAUGGCUUAGAAAUAUGAAGACCAGAAAAGUGGAUAUUUCAUUUCCCAAGUUCAAACUGGAACAAAAAUACAAAAUGAAGAAAUUGCUUCAAGCUCUAGGAAUUAAAAAUCUCUUCACACAUGCAGCAGAUCUUAGUCAUCUCACAGAUCAAGAAUAUGUAAAAGUUUCACAGGUUGUCCAAAAGGCAGUAAUUGAAGUGGAUGAAAAAGGAACUGAGGCAACAGCAGCUACUGGGUCAGAAAUAACUGCAUUCUCAGUACCUCCUGUCAUUAAAGUGGAUCGACCAUUCCUUUUUAUGAUUUUUGAAGAAACUUUUAGCACAUUACUGUUCAUGGGCAGGGUGGUUGAUCCAACAGAAAUGUGAAUAAAGCUUCCACAAAACAGCUGCCCAAAAGGAGGCAGAAGAUUUUUCAAAACCACUUGGCAUAGAAGCUUCAAAGGUAUCUGCAAACGCAGACAGAUGAAUCCACAAGAGAAGAAUUUUCACAAGGCCCAGAGAAGAUAUAUUUGCAUUACAGGGAAAAGCUGAUAAACUUCAACAGCUCUAAAAUAAUGACCUCAGUUACUAUUAGAAGUCUACUCACAGCAAUCCAGACAGCAUGCAAGCCAGUCACAAAAGGAUUUACCAGGCAGAUUAUGGCAUCAGAGCAGACUACUAAGGUGCGUCUAACCUAACUCCAGAUUGCGGCACGAUUGUACCAAAGAGAAAGGGGAGAAUCACUCGUCCUGCCAAAGAAUCAUUCCUCCUAUGAGGAGGUCGUUAGAGAACCACAAAACUAUCAUUGUGCAGCUGUUAUUCUGAGUUGCAGGUAAAAAUACUACUAAGGCGGCUUCAAAAGUAGUGUUGCUGUCCAACAGAAUUAACAGGGAACUCAAGGAUGCGAACAAUAAGCAACCAGAUAAAAGACUGGGAUUGGAGAUGCGUAGUGCAAAGGACUGACAAAAGUCUAAAUAAGACACCAGGAGCAUGGUACAAGGAAGAUGUGCAGACCCAAGAAAUUUCUAAAUAGAGCAUUUAAAAAUUUUAUAGCAUGAGUUUCAUACAUGGCUAGGGUUAGUGAGUGGAGCAUUUGUGAUUAACAAUAAAUAAAUCGAUCAGCUAAAAAGUGAUAGAUGACAACCAAUAAGAAAUGAAUGACAGACUGCAUACAGAACUCAUCACAUGCUUAUGAAGGGCUUGGAUUCAAGUUUCUGAACUUGCUAACUGCUUUAUAUUACUGUAAUAAAGGCACCUGAGUGCCAAAUACAGUUUUGAGUCCUGUUCUGUGGCUGGGUAUUGAUUGAGCUUGGUGCUUGGAAGAAAGAGGACUGAGAACAGACUGAGCACACUCUUGCGGCCCGCUGUACCUGGCAUAUUGAGUCAGUUGUCUCUGCGGAAUUGGCAAGUAUGUGUUUUCAUUAAUGAGACAAAAAAGCUAAA